AUGAUGCAGCUUCUCUAUUUGUUGACCUUUGUUGGAGUGAUGGCGGCGAGUCGAGAGUUUCACCUCCGAACGAAUCGCAUCUCGGCGUUGCCCUCGUGGAACAGCACUUGUGAUGAAUGCCAAACACUCGUCCAUCGCUUCCACGAGGCGCUCAAGGAUCCGGUUAAGAUGAACGAGCUCAAGGCCCUCAUGCGUGUGUUGUGCCACGAGACAUCGUACGUUGAGGAGUGUCGCGAGUUUGUCAACCAUCUUGACGAGAUCAUCAAGAUGCUCGAUCCAUAUCUUUCUGAUGCGAAAGCCGUUUGCCGUUACUUGCACUUGUGCUCGAAGCGAAUGAGCCAAUUCCACCGAUUGGCUCUCCUCUACACGAAGUGGAGCCGCGGGAUCAAGAGUGGAACGAACGACAUCGUUUGUGACGAGUGCCAAUUCGCUGCCACUGAGUUGCGUCAAGUCGUCAGUGACAAGACUCUUCAGCAAGAGGCGCGCGACUUCUUGCGUACUCAAGUGUGCGGCCGUUUCGGAAAGUAUCGCGGUGAUUGUGACAUGGUUAUCGAGCAAUUCCUUCCCGAGUUCUUCCAAGAGUUAGAGGCAGCACUUGCUAACCCAAAAAAGGUUUGCCAAGAGAUCGGUUUCUGUGGCAACUCUCGUCGCAACCUCGGCGGAUUCCUCGGAUAUUUGCAAGAGCUC